GAGAGCGGAGAGGAAUGAGAGAAAACCGGAGGGAGGAGGGGGAGGGAAAAAAAGAAAGAGGGAGAUGGGAGAUAGUCUCACAUAUACAACACAACACACCACCACACACACUCUUCAGGAAUUUCUCUCCUCUCUCUCUCUCUCUCUCUCUCUCUCCGGUCUUUUGUUUCCCUCUGUCGUUUCCUUCAAUGCACUUUUAAUUUCCCUCGUUCAUUUUCAACUGAACUACUGUUGCUCGUGCUGAAACUGGAUGAAGGCUGAAUAAGUGCAUCCUCUCUCUUUCCUCUUUCCUCUGCCACCUGUGCAUUGAAGUCUGUGGGAUUUCUGAAGUUUUACACUUUAAGGAGCUAGAUGACUGUGCAGAAGGGAAAGCGGAUGACCAUCUCCAUUCAGGAGCACAUGGCGAUUAACGUCUGCCCUGGCCCCAUUAGGCCCAUCAGGCAAAUCUCUGCCUACUUUCCCCGCCUGUCCCCUACAUCCUCUGUCUGUGAUUCGCUGUCACCAAACCAGGCAGGGUUUCCGUCUACUGCACAGUUGACUGGAGCAUCAGGGGGACUUCUGUCCCCACUGUCUCCAGGGACAGCAGCAAGUGGAGGAACACUGUCUAUGAUGAACAGCAUGGAAACAUCUGUAGAGAUUGACAGCUGUGACAGUGAUGACAACACUUCUUUAGGCACUCUGGAGUUUGACCUGCUCUAUGAAUCAUCCACAAGUUCCCUUCACUGCACCGUCCUCCGAGCUAAGGGUUUGAAGCCUAUGGACUUCAACGGUUUAGCUGACCCUUACGUGAAGCUCCACCUGCUCCCUGGUGCCUGCAAGGCAAACAAGCUGAAGACUAAGAUUGUGAAGAACACCCUGAACCCAGUGUGGAAUGAGACGCUUACCUACUGUGGUAUCACAGAGGAGGACAUGUACAGGAAAACACUCAGAGUGUCUGUGUGUGAUGAGGACAAGCUGACGCAUAACGAGUUCAUCGGCGAGUCGCGUGUGGCCCUGCGGCGAGUGAAGCCUGAUCAACCCAAGCACUUCAAUGUCUGCUUGGAACACCCACCUCCUCUGGCGUCUCCUACUGCCAUGACCACAGCACUACGAGGGAUCUCAUGCUAUCUCCGGGAGUGGGAAAGUGAGCAGCAGCGCAGUUUGGAAGAGCGUGGCCGGUUGCUGUUGUGUUUACAGUUCCUGCCUCCAGCUAACACUCCUGAUGGUGGCGACGUUCCUCCAGAAGCUAAAGAAAGAGCGAAGGGCGGUUUGUGUGUUGGAGUCAAACGUUGUGCUCACCUGGCAGCCAUGGACGUCAACGGACUGUCCGACCCCUACGUCAAAACGUACCUCAAGCCAGAUGUGAAGAAGAAAUCGAAGCACAAGACAGCUGUGAUUAAAAAAACACUGAACCCAGAGUUUAACGAGGAGUUUUUCUACGAGAUUACGUUUAACGAGUUGGCGACUAAAACAUUGGAGGUGAGCGUGUGGGAUUACGACCUGGGGAAGUCCAACGAUUUCAUCGGGGGCGUGUCUCUGGGCUGUCAAUCACAGGGUGAUGCCCUGCAGCACUGGAUCGACUGCUUGAAAAACAAAGGCCAGAAAGUCGAGCGCUGGCACACGCUGACCAAUGAACUGCCGGGAUCUACUUUCUAGAAGCAAAAUGGCCACCGUUUGUCUCGUUUUGCCAAUUUCAAUCCAUUUCUGAUGGGAUGCCCAUUCCUGUCAGUUAAUGACAGGGGAUUAUGGGUAACCAGCAUGCGGUGAUGCUGGAAUGAGUUCAGACUGUCGGAGUAGAAGUUUAGUAAGUUGGAAUUAUUCCCAUUGUAAUGUGGAAGAACUUGAUAUGAGUCGAGGAGCAAUUUUUAAAAAAAUCAUCUUGAUUUUAAUUCCACUGAUCCCUGGGUUUGAUUUGCAGCACUUUCCACUCUAACACCUUAUUCUGAUUUGCAAAGCAAUGAACCAGAAGCUUAUUAUCAAUAUUUUGUUUUCAGUGCAAUAAUUUCUCUUGCAAUAACACCCUGUUUGGUGAUGCUUCCAGAAAAUUCCUUCAGAAGUGGUCUUAAAUGAAAGCACUGAGGUGGUCGUACUGUAGUUUGUCAUUUCUUUUUUCACUGAGCUGCACGCUGCUGAUUUAUAACGACGAUUAACAGAAAUCCUCGCUAAAUGUCUGUUUAUGCGCAUUGUUGUUGUUGUUGCUCGGUGUGUUCAGUAUGGCUCCUUCUUUUCCCAAUCUUCCUUAUGGAAUGCCACCGUGCCCGUAAUUGCCCGUGUUUAUGAGGAUGUUCCUGGUAUGCAGAUGUUAUUUAUGUUUACUUUCCACACUUGGUACAUUCAGAAUUACUGCCUGCUUUCUCUGUCUGUGUUUAUCAAAGGUGCGCUCUGUGAUUUUAGGAUCAUUCUGUCAACCUUAACCACGGUGCGGGUGGACCUAAUGAGUGGGUGGUAAUUGGUGGAAAUGACCAAAUUGGGGAGAAAAGUGGGUGAUAAAAAUAAUCUAAGCAGGUUUCCAUGUCUGUGUGAGAGGGUAAAUAAAAUCAUUAACAUUUUCGAUCCUACUCCUAAACUUUCAAGACUGGACAAUGAUGAAUGCUGUUUUGAAUGAAGUUUGAUCUAGAGAAUGUAUGGCCUGUUCAGUUCAUCAUGAAAUUCUGGUUACUGUUUCAACCAACUUGUUGUACUUUUUCACAGCGGUCAGACAAAAUCACACAAUCCAUCUUUAAAUCAUUGAAACAUGGUUUCACAUUAAUCAUAGAUUGACUUUGUCUUAAAUAAGCUAGACAGUGUUGCAACAAGGGGCUCACAUGGGUGGGUGCCAGUUAAACAUAAAUAGCUUGUUAACCUCUGAGCUCUGCAAUGUCUAAACAACGUCCUCUAAAUGUCUGGGCCUGUGAAUCAAAUCAAGUCAAGAAGUAGGGCCUCUGUUCAAGGUUCAAAAUUAGUUUUUUAUUAGCAUUUAUGGUUGUAUUUACAGCA